GUGCCCAGCUUCCCCAGGAGCCUGCGCCCUGCUUAUCCAGGAGCUGGCUCUCACUGUGGCCCUUCCUCCUCUGCCCGCAAAGAUGACCCUCGCCAUCCAGGUCCUCCGGCUGGUGGUUGGCAUGCUGUUUUUUCCCAUGUUCCUGCUGAACCUUCUAGGCCUGUGGAGAGAGAGAUGCAAAAAGUGGUUUCCCUCCUUCAUGUGGAGGGCGACCAGGAUAUACAACAAGUACACAGCGAGCAGAAAGCGUGAGCUCUUCAGCAAUCUGCAGGAGUUCGCGGGCCCCUCGGGGAAGCUGUCCCUGCUGGAGGUGGGCUGCGGCACCGGGACCAACUUCAAGUUCUAUCCCCCUGGGUGCAGAGUGACCUGUGUCGACCCCAAUCCCAACUUCGAGAAGUUCCUGUUCAAGAGCGUCGCAGAGAACCGGCACCUGCAGUUCGAGCGCUUCGUGGUGGCGGCCGGGGAGGACAUGUCCCAGGUGGACGAGGGCUCAGUGGACGUGGUGGUCUGCACCCUGGUGCUGUGCUCCGUGCAGAGCCAGGAGAAGUUUCUGCGUGAGGUGCGCCGCGUGCUGAGGCCGGGAGGGGCUUAUUUCUUCUUGGAGCACGUGGCAGAUGAAAGAUCCACCUGGAAUUUCUUCUGGCAGCAGGUCCUGGAUCCUGCCUGGAACCUUUUGUUUGCUGGAUGCAACAUCACAAGAGAGAGCUGGAAGAACCUGGAGCAGGCCGGCUUCUCCAAGCUGAGGCUGCAGCAUAUCCAGGGAACUCUACCCUGUCCUUUACUGAAGCCCCAUAUUUAUGGGUAUGCUGUGAAAUAGGGUGAGGCAGCGGGAGCGCUCUGAAUGGCUCCAGCGGUUCAAAAUUUCAGGUUUAGAUGUAAGAGACCCUGGGAGAGGUGAAGUCAAAUUCAUCCUUACAGGUUUCUGUUUGCCUAUUUCUAUCUCCUCUCCCAUCAAAUCAAAACCAAAUGAAAGUAUCUUUGGCCUCUCCCUCCAAAGGAACCAGUGGUGUCUCAUGAGCCUUUGAUAAUGAAGCAGUACAGGAGACUGACAGCUUGCCAAGCGAAUAAAUAAAUACUUGACGAGUGAAAAA